CUCAUUUUGGUUGUAUUUUUCAUCCUAUAUUUCCAGAUCAAUAUGCCAUGUGCUGUGACAUGGAGAUUUAGACUUAACAAACGAACCGGCGUGUUACUUCUGAAACUCUCAAUCAAAUUCUUGAAAGUGAUUUUCGCUUCACCAUGGUGCAGACGCCAAAUAUUGCUGUUAACAUACCUCUUUACAUUCACUGACAAAGUAACAUAUUCGCCAAGUUCCUCGUGGUCAAAUUAUUCACUUAGAGUCCCAAUGGUCACAGAUUUCCAAUUCCCAAUUGUGUAUGCUUAGCAUUACUCUUACCAUACCUCUUUGCAUUCACUGACAAAAUGACAUCUUCGCCGAGUCUCUCGUGGUCAAAUUGGCACACAAUGCCCCAAUGGUCACAGCGUCUGCCUAUCACAAUUUGUGUGGUAAUUCAUUGCCACGGACAUUUUCCACUUUCCAACUGCACUCACGGCGUUCAAGUAUAUUUCUCACGCCUUUGAAUCAGGGUAUUAACAAUUAGGUAAAAAAAUUAUUUCUAACGCCAUUGGUAUUACCAAUGAUUACUCAGUUUUCACUUCAUUGUCAACCUGCGCGUAUUUAAGCUUAGCAGCGAGCGCGCCUGAACAGAACAGAACAGAACAGAAGGCAUGGGCACGGUACUGGCAGCACUCUGUCUCUCAAUCUUCCUUUUAGCUGUACCCGGUAAAGGUGAGUACAAGUAUGUUAUCUUACUGCACAUCUACCCUUAUGACAGUGUUAAUGAACGCAUACACCCCACCCGUAGAUAUUGUAAAGAUAACUGACAGACGCACAGUAGAGUGACGACUGAAUACUGUUUCUACAUGGUUUGCAAAAAUCACAAUACUGCACACAUCACUACUAUGUGUCUUUUUGUGCGGAUUAACCAGCGUCACAAUUCAAGCGAACGCCGGCAAAAUUUGACGAUCGGCUGGAGCUCGACAAAUUUUAAAAUCGCCCGAGCGUCGGUCGUAUUUUUCGCUGGUCACACUGAAAAUAAUACAAUUUUGAGAUAGAUCAAUCCAAACGUUUUCACAACAGCCACAACGUGAACAGACCAUUCUGCGUCAAUACAAUACUUUUUACCGAAGAAAAUCAGGCGAAUCUUGGGCAAAGUCCAAGUAAGGCUUAGGUCACAUUUCCAAACCGGGGCCCGGCCGGGCAGCUUUCGGAAGCACAAAGAAUGAUAUUAAAGACAUCAAAUACACAAAAUGACAAAAUAAGAUUCAUGGGAAUGAUCUAUGUAUAUUCGAGAUUUUGAUAGUUAAUGGAUGGCUUGUAGUGACUGUGUACGUAUCUAACAUUUGCCAAUGCAGAUUUUAAGUGACUCAGAUAUUCCUAUUUUCCUUGCAGGGUGCGAAAUAUCGGGUUACAGAAACUUCAAAGGAGUCUGCUACAAGGACUUCUCUGACGAGAGGGUGAGUUAUGCCGGGGCCAGACGGAGAUGUGCCGAGGACGGGGCGUUGGUAGCCAUGCCGAAGGACAUACAAAUCAACUAUUUUAUCUCCACUUUCUAUCCCAACACCGAGCGCAUCUGGCUUGGCUUAACUGACGCCGGCAGAGAAGGGCGAUGGGUUUUUGAGGACGGCACACGUUUGUCGUCAACAGGCUAUUCCAACUGGGAUUAUGGUGAGCCCAACAAUCAAGAACAUGAGUUCGGCCCAGAAGACUGCGCCGAGAUGAAAGAGUACAGCUAUGAAUGGAAUGAUGUUGGGUGCUACCAGCCGUUGGGGUUCAUCUGUCAAUUAGACACAGUAGCAACGACCAGCGCCCCUACGACCAGCGCUCCUGGAUGUGGAGGUCUCCUGACGGCUCCCCCUGGAGGUACUGUGACAUCACCGAACUACCCCAGUAACUACGGCAACCGUGCGACUUGUGAGUGGACGAUCACCGUGGCAGAAGGAAGCGUGGUUCUUCUCACGUUCGACAGCUUCAGGCUUGAGAGCGGUUAUGACUAUUUGAAGAUAUACGAUGGAGGCAGUGGCAGUGCUCCACGACUGCGCAGGUUAACAGGUUACGGGACACCAGACCCCAUCACCAGUACAUCUAACCAGAUGGUCGUGAGGUUCAGAUCUGACUAUAGUAACACGGCCCAGGGGUUCCAGUUCUCCUACACAGCGACAGGUCCAACUAUUGAGGUACCAACGACGCCGAGACAUGUAACAUUUCUAACUAACACAGAUGUACGUUCCUUGCACAUUCCUCCUUCUGCCCGGCCGACACAACAGCCAACUUAUCCUGAAACUCUUCCUCAAACCACUGUUUCUCAGUAUGUAAUGCGUACACAAACCACAGUUCCUCAGCCAACACAACAGCCCGCUCAUCCUGAAACCACUGUUUCUCAGCACGCUGUACGUUCACAGACUACAUCCAUGCACAUGCAUCCUUCUGCCCAGCCAACACCACUGCCAACUUAUCCUGAAACCACUGUUUCUCAGAGCACGGCGUACCAAACAACAAGGCCAGCAGAAAGGGAGAGUACUGGAUCUAUUGUUACCUGGUACAAGGAUCUACCCGUUGACAACAUUGCAGUGGUCUGCCUAGGCUGUGCUGUGGGUAUCAUCGCCUUGGUGAUGCUUGGCUACUGCGGUCACAGACACAAACGCCAAAACCGACAAGUGGCCCAAGCUCCACAGGAUGGAGAUGAAGAAGAACCAGUUCAACCACAAAGCAAAUGUGACAAAACAAGUGAAAUAUUUUGAACAGCCAGCAACUAGUACAUUACAUAGAGAGCCAUCACUAUUAGAUGAUGUCCGCAUUUAGUUUCAUGACUGAGGUGGUUGCUCUUUUACACUGCCUAUCAAUGAUAGUUAUAGGAGGCUGCUAUAAGGCAGUAAGGUGUUUGUGUCAACGUUUGCAGUGUUUAAAUGUAUUGGUAAUCAAAUACAUCUGAUAUUACAGUUAAAUGUAAACAUAGAGACAAUUUUUAAGAACUAUAUUUCAUAUUCGUUUGUAUCUGUGAUUACAGUCAUGUUUGGUCUUAAAGGUUGUAUUUUUUGUUUUUGGUGUGUCUGUCUGUGUGUCCGGAUCGAUACACGUGGUCAUUAUAACUCAAUACUAUUUGGUAUGUGGGUAGGGGUUGGAAAGAUGAAGGUCAUGGUUAAUUUUGGGCCCCUUGGUAUGUGACCUUGGUACUGCAUCAGAACUUCGAUUUUUUGUAUCUUUUGACCUGGUGUAUGUUUGGGCUGCUCUGGAACUGCAGGGGCAAUUUUAUCAAAACCUUCCAAAGAGUAUAACGGAGCAUAGGAACGAUUGAUUUCCAUGAUAUUUAGCAUGCAGGCAUAUUUGACAGAGAUGUACAAAAUGAAGUGCAAAUUAUGUAAAUUUGAACUUAAUUUGCACACUUAUGAGGAAAAUUUAAAAUUGCAUUGUUUUCCAUUGUAGGACUCAAAUACAUGCAACAUCUGUAGUUUGUAGCAGGUGGCAGUUUAGCAGGUACCAAUUAUGCAAAUAAUUCCCUAAUUUGAGUAAUUGAUAUGAGUAAAAGAGUCCUAAUUCAUGGAAAUACAUGUAGUAAAUGAUUGGAUUGUCAACAUUGUGACCUGUGUAACUUAGUUAAAGGUGUACAUAACCAAGCAUCAAAUGUGAAAGUCAUUUGCAUAAGCAGAAUAUUUCAUGGAGGUAUGAGCCGAACUCUUAUUUUUUCUUGAGGUCCCAUCCGCCACGUUUUCUGAAAACGUGGGGAAGGAAUGGCAAGAGCAGGGAGAGAAAGCAGAGAAAGUUUCGACAUGCACGGAGAGUUCUUUCUACGGAGUUUCUGCGUGCUCCCAAAUCCGUUGGAUUCCCUACCAUUUCGUACGCAGGCGGUACUUACCACUUACGGCUUCAUAA